AUUGCUAAACAUUUAUUUAGGGGAUGAAUAUAGAAGAGUCUGCUAUUAUGAAUCCUGGGCUCAGUACAGGCCAAAAAUUGGCAUAUUUGUACCAGAAAGUAUUGAACCACAAUUAUGUACCCAUAUUAACUUUGCGUUUGCUACCUUGGAUCCCAGUGGUUUAAAUAUAAAAGCUGUUGAUUGGAAUGAUGAUCCCGUUAUGUACAAAAGAUUUACAGACUUGAAGAUAAAAAAUCCUCGUUUAAAGGUCAUGUUAUCUGUUGGUGGUUGGAGCAUGAAUUCAACCCUCUUCCAUAACGCUGUUGCCAUCGAAGCUACUCGAACCACCGCUGCUAACAACAUAGUCACCUUUCUGAGGAGUCAUAACUUUGAUGGUAUUGAUAUAGAUUGGGAAUUUCCGGGCAGUCGUGGCAGUCCUCCAGAAGAUGUUCAUAAAUUUACCCAAUAUGUAAUUGCGAUUAGAAACGCAUUUGACAGAGAUGGAGUCGAAUCCGAUAAACCAACUCUACAAUUAUCUGCAGCUUUUGGACCAAGACUAGAAUCUAUAAACGAUACGUAUGAGGUUCCAGAAGUCACCAGAUAUUUUGAUUUCAUUAACUUGAUGUUUUAUGAGUUACAUGGUACUUGGGAUAAUAUAGCUAAACACCACGCACCUUUAUUUGGAUCAUCAAACGAUGGGGAUGGUCUCGUCAUAGAUACUUUAAUCAAUGGAUGGAUUAAGAUGGGGGUUACUAAAAACAAGUUGGUUUUAGGAGUUCCUUUCUAUGGUAAAACCUACAAGCUAGCCGAUGCAUCUAAGUCUGGUGAAGGAGCUGUUAUUACUGGUCCAGGAGAAGCUGGUUCUAUUACCAAACAAAGUGGUACUUUAAGCUACCAAGAGAUCUGUCUAAAGAUUAAUCAGGGGGCUGUUGUUAAAAGAUUAACUGGUCAGAGUGCACCAUAUUUAGUAGAUGGGGAUACAUGGAUUGGUUUUGAUGAUCAACAGAGUUUAAUAGAAAAAAUGAGAUAUAUAGUAAAGCAUGGUUAUGGUGGUGCUAUGAUUUGGGCCAUAGAUAUGGAUGACUUUAAUGGUGUAUGUGGUGGAGAAACGUUUCCUUUACUGAAGGCUAUGUACAGGUCUUUAUUGGGAGGACUUAUAGGUUAAUCGAAGUAAACAGAGGAAUCUAAUAAUGAAAUAACGGAAUUUA